AGCUUUUCAGUAAAUGGUCUCCUGCAGGCGGUGGGGGUUGGGAUCUGAAAGGGGCGUGGCGCCCGAGCUGGGUACCACUUGUGACUUAAAGGCUGCUGAUAGCUUAGCAACAGACGAGGAGGCAGAGGAGGAGACACAAUGGAUGUCAGCAGCAGCGGCGGCGGCUGUUCGCUGGGAUCAGACGAGGAGGACAAGCAGCCGGUGUCACCAGGCUGAUCCAAGUCAGCCUCAAGAAGCCAUGAAGGCACCAAACGAAAUGUGUGACGUGUGAACGGACAGCAUGGCCACACAGGAGCCCUCCCCCCCUUCAUCGAUGGAGAGUAAUAAGCCUGGCUUCCCUAAGAAGAUCUUGGGUAAUAAGCUGGAGGACAAACACCUGUGCAACUGCUGUCAUAAUAUACUCAGACGACCUUUUCAAGCCCAGUGUGGCCAUCGCUUCUGUUCCUACUGUUUCAGCAGGACUGUCAGUAAUGGACCACAGAAAUGCAAUGCUUGCAUUAAGGAGGAAAUAUUUGAAGAGACAACGUCAAUUUUAAAACAAGGAUGUGCUUUUCCUGACAACGCAGUUCGACGAGAAGUGGAAAACCUAUCAGCAGUUUGUAUUAAUGAAAACUGCACUUGGAAAGGCACCAUUAAAGAAUAUGAGCUGAACCACGAGGGAAAAUGCGAGUUCAUGAUCAUCCCAUGCCCCUCCUGUAAAGAACGAAUCCGCUUCAACGAACAAGAGCGGCAUAAUGAGCGGGAGUGCCCGGAGCGAACGCUCAACUGCAAAUACUGCAAGGAGCCGUUUCACUUUAAAAACAUCAAGGCACAUGAUGAAAUCUGUCCCAAGUACCCAAUGAUCUGUGAAGGCUGUGCCAAGAAGAAAAUCCCCAGAGAAAAGUACGUGGACCACAUUAAAUUCUGCAGUAAAUUCAGAACUCCAUGUCGAUUCCAUGUCGUCGGAUGUGAUAUGUCUGUGGAGAAGGAAAAGAUUCACGACCAUGAGCGUGCCUAUGCCUACGAUCACCUCAAUCUGUUGCUGCACUACAUUAUGGGCAUGAAAGUGAGCAUGGAGGGCCUGCAGCCCCAGGGACUAGAAGUAGCUGGUCACAAACUGGUGGAACUCCAACAGUCCCUCAGGGAGCUCGAGGCAAGAGUCUCCCAACUCAGCACCACCUCCUCCGGCCCUCCCGUGCAGGGAGCCGCCUCCUCCUCAUCAUCCGACUCUGGCCCACCCGGUCCACCAGCCUCAGCGCCUCUCCCUCCUCCUCCCACUCUGGCUCCCACUCUCUCUGUGUCUACCUCCUUCACUCCCCUGCCCAGCUCGAUGGGCGCUGCUUUGGAGCUGCAGCUGCACAGCGAGAAGACCAAGGUGGCCGAGUUGGGCCGCAGGUGUACAGAGCUCGAAGUGAAAUCCAGCACUUUUGAAAAUGUAGUGUGUGUGCUGAACAGAGAGGUGGAGAGGUUUGCCACAACCAUGGAAGCCAGCAACCGUCAGCACAAACUGGACCAGGACAAGAUCGAAGCUCUGAGUAAUAAGGUCCGACAGCUGGAGAGGACCGUGGGACUGAAGGACCUGACGGUUGCCGAGAUGGAGGGCCGACUGAGAGAAAUGUCUGCAACUACGUUUGAUGGUGUCUUUGUCUGGAGGAUUUCUGAUUUUGCCAAAAAGAGACAGGAUGCCAUUGCAGGUCGAGCGCCCGCCAUGUUCUCACCAGCCUUCUACACCAGUAAGUACGGCUAUAAGAUGUGUCUGCGGAUCUAUCUGAAUGGAGAUGGGACGGGGCGUGGCAGCCACUUGUCCUUGUUCUUUGUGGUCAUGAGGGGGCUGAGUGACGCGCUGCUCAAAUGGCCCUUCAACCAGAAGGUGACUCUGAUGCUGCUGGAUCAGAGUAACAGGGAGCACAUCAUCGACGCCUUCCGGCCCGACGUCACUUCUUCCUCCUUCCAGAGACCCGUGAGCGAGAUGAACAUCGCCAGUGGCUGUCCACUCUUCUGUCCGCUCUCCAAGCUCGACGGCAAGAACUCCUACAUCCGUGACGACACCAUCUUCAUCAAGGCCAUUGUGGAUCUGACGGGCCUCUAGAUGUGUCCACAGGGUGGCGCUGUUUGGCAAAUAGCAGCCUCUUUGACCAUUAAGGCUUUAUUUUUUUGGCUGAGCCACGGUCCUGUCAGGGUGUGUUUUAAGCAUCUCAUCGUCCCGUGCAGCUUUAGGGAGAUGCUCGGGAGCGUCUGCGCGGCUACGUACGUGCGGCUGCAGCGUCAUACCCGCCGGCCUCUUCAGCCGGAAUCCUCGUCAUUGCUGUACAUUUCGAGAUUUAUUUUGACGCCACAACAAACAUCACUUUAGCUGCGCACCUUAAGUUUUUGGUUAGAAGACAAAAGCAAGACGGAGUACAGGGUUGGUGUCAAAGUGAAGCUGGUCAAACAUAUCUUCUUAAUCUCCUACUUUUGAAGACGAGGUUUUGCAGAAGGCGGUGUAGAACAGGUUUGUAGAUUGCAGAUAGUUAACGUGAUUUUUCAUGGUGUCACUCUAGGAAGCUGGUGGUAGACGUAGAGUUAGAAUGUGGCUUGGUGCAGUUUUUGCUUUUUUGUUUGUUUCUUCUUGCAGAUUGUGGAUAUCGUGAGCUUCUCAAUUCCAGUGUCAAGUGAACUUGCAUAGACAAACGUGGAGUUAUGUUUCGAAUACAACUACAGGCACUUUUUUCUUUGUUUGUUGGUUUGUUUUGGCAUUAUUGUGGAAAGUGCAUGCCACUGGCAUUUUUUCCGUACAAAACAUACUCCUUAUUUCAUCUUCGCUUCAUGCAGGUUCCUUGUUCGUUGAUGAACUCGUUAGUGAAUUAGCCAUCCGUGAUGGUGGACAUUGCCUGCAUGUCUUUGGAGACAGGCUUUUUUUUUUUUUUUUUUUUUACUCGUAAAAGUGAGUGUCGCGUGCGUGUUCAUAUUAGGGGUUGGUGGUUUUGAUCGGUGGUUUGGUACAUCUGUGGAAGAUACAGUGGAGUUACCAUGGAGUCAGGGCAGCCUGCCAAUCAAGCCUGAGAUGUCAAACCCACACGCGGUUUGGGUCUCCAACAAACAUACAUAGCUGGACUUUCUCAGGAUUUGCUCACUAGAUCACGUCUCAACACAUAGUACUGUGCCCCACCACAGAUUGAGGUUAAUACAGAUUCCGCAAAAAAAACGAAGGAAUUGUUUGUUCCUUGUUUCCUGUCGAUAUCCAGUGCUUAUGUGUUUUCCGCUGCUAGAAUACUGAUGUGAAUCUAAUAUAUGUCGGUGAGAAUACACAUGAGGUAAAUGUGCUUGUGGAGGCUGAGAGGCUAAAUUAAACCAGGAGAUUGUGAAUACGUUGUUGUAGGCCAUCGUUGACAUUAUUUAUCGCAGGUUAACUAGUGUUCAGUGCCGCUCCGGCUAAAUCUUUGUAGUAUUUUAGCUGUACUGAUGCAAUCUUACUAUAAAAAAGCACCUCAAAAUAUUUACAGUUUGGCUCGAGGUGAAUACAUUUAGUAAUAAUUAUACCUACAUGUCCACCAGAGGUCGCUGUUGUACUUAGCAUGCAUGCUGAGGUUUUAAGGUUUCACACUGGCCUGUUUGAAAACCAGUCUUGACUUGUAUUGAAACCUCUCUGUGCAUGGGAGGCUUCAAUUCAUAACCGCUAUGGAGUUUCACAGCGGUUUACCCCCUGAGCCGCGUGUGAAAGCGUUUAUUUGUAUUUGUUUGGGUAAGAGUACGUAAUCAUAGAAUAGUUAUGUUAUACCUGGCUCUGCAUCUGUUCAACAGAAGCACCUGCCUAUAUUCAUAGCAAUUUAUAAAUAUGUAUCUUUUAUACCAUAAUGUAUGUAAUAUGUAAACUGUUAAUAUACACAAGCUGUUAUAAUAAGAUUAGUAUUACUGAAUACCUUACUAACUCUAUAUAUAUAUCAACAUUUUGUUUGUCAAGAUGGUUUGAACAGGCCAGGACAACCCCUUUGUGCAGUACGGUCUUAUUAUUACUUCUAGAGUGCACUAUAGGAUUAUGCCUGUUAGACUUUGAUGACAUCUUACAAAGGUUUACAGAGGUCAUACUCAACUUAUUUGUUGCAAAUUGUUUACAUUCCUCAUUACACUUAGCUGUAAGCGAUAAGUCCGUAAUUUAGAACUUUCCGAGGACAUGUGGUGCUUUCCUUGUCGGUAAGAAUACUCGUUUUCAUCAUCACGGAACUCUCCGAUCAGUAAGUAUUCACGAGGCUAACCGGCUAAAUAAGCAAAAUUGAACAGAUUUUUAGAAUUAUACACAGUUUUGAUGUUGCCGUUCAUGCUGUAUACAGUAAGUGGGUUUCUAUUCUGAGAAAUACAUUUCAAUACUUAACAGUCAGCAUGUAAUAAGUAGAAUUACAUUUUUAAACUUUGUGUUCUUGUAACAUGCCCAGAGCAAGUAUUACCUCCAUUAAGCUAACAAUGUUGUAUUGCUAGCAGUGAUUUAUGUUCUAUGCGACAAUAUUGUGCCAAAUACAUUUAGGUUUGUACUGCUUGUGUGGGUGUGAGUGUGCAUGUGUGUCAGUCCAGUACGGCGCAUGGAUCACUGCUUCUGUAGGCACCAGAGGAGAUGGUUAAUAACAAGUUUGUCCCAUGUGCUCAAACUUUAAAGCCUCCUGAAGUUUUUGAAUGUAAACGCUUUAAUAUUUAUUUAUUUAUUUAUUUGUAUUGAAAAAAUACAACAGUAAUGUGAUGCAGUUGAACAAACUUUUAUUUGUGCACUUUGUAUUGGUCGUUUGUUUCAACAGGGUAUUUUGUUGAGUGGUUUUAUGUACCUUGAAAGAGCCAUAUUUAUUCUGAUGUUCACAGUUGAAGAACAUGCAGUAUGUAUUAAAAGUUGGUUGGUUUCAACUU